AUGAUUGACCAAAUAAAGAUAAUCCAGCAUAACAUCUGCAAGAGCAGGAUUGCCUCCUUGCAGCUGAGAGACCACUGUAUCGGCAACGGGGUUGACUUAGUACUACUACAGGAACCACUAAUACAACAAGGAAAGGUCUAUGCGUUCGAAAGCUACAAACAAGCGCACAAAGGUGACCGCGCCGGGGCAGCCAUCAUCAUCCUAAAUGAUGAACUGCGAGCAUUAGAACUUGCACAAUAUGUGAGCGACCAUGUAGUGACAAUCAGAGUCAGCCGACUCAAUAGCAGGCACGCAGUAACAGUGGUGUCGGCAUAUUUUAAGUACAACAUGCCGACACCCUGCUUCGUURAGAAGCUCCAUGACAUUAUGGAAAGCGAAGCACGAGUGCUGAUCGGUGCUGAUGUUAACGCGCACUCGCAAUUAUGGCACUGCCCAAGCCGCAAUGAUCGGGGCAGGUGGGUAGAAGAGAUGAUAGAGGACCACGGUCUCCUGGUUGCCAACCGACCCUCGACACUUAAAACCUACAAUCGUGAAGGUAUGGGGGCAUCGAACAUUGAUGUAACCCUUACUACACCUGCCAUCUCAGGGCACGUCAAUGGAUGGUCAGUAGAAGAUAUAACGGACAGCGACCACAAUGUGUUGACAUAUAACCUGAAAUUAAGCGGAACACCGACCCCAUGUAACUGGGAUCGGAUGUUCAAUACCAAUAGGGCAGACUGGGAUAAGUUCAAAAGCGAACUAAUGAACUGCAGACUACGGAUCGAAGAGACAUCCGUGCACACUUUUGCUGACUCCAUCAUAACCGCAGUACAGAAAGCGGCGGAGGCAUCCAUGCCGGUAAUAAAGAAGAAAAACUCCCGAUGUACGGGAAAGCAGCCUUGGUGGAAUAGCACACUGGCAGACUGUAAAAGGGAUCUCGACAGAUCCAGGCGUGAUAAGCUGAAUAUCACGGACAGACCGGCUUAUAACAGAAAGCGUAAUGCCUACCUUAGGGAGAUCAGAUCUUCCAAGAUGGCUGCUUGGAGAUUAUUUGCAAAUGAUAUAAAUAUUAACGCCUGGGGAAAGGCUUUCAGAUGGGCCAAAAACGGUUCAAGCCGCCCAACUGUCAACCUAGUACCAUGCAGAGUGCGAACGGCGACAUGA